GAAGAGCUGAGCAUGGUUGAGAACUCCCCGGCCCCGUUGCCAGAACGGGCAAUUUAUGGAUUUGCGCUUUUUCUGGGAUCGUGGUUUGGCUUCAUUUUGUAUCUGAUCUGGGCUUACAUCCCUGAGGCUUGGCUCUUCUCCUUGGGACUGACRUACUGGCCUCAAAAGUAUUGGGCAGUGGCUCUGCCAGUUUACCUGCUGGUUGCUGUAGGAAUUGGUUAUAUUUUGCUUUUUGGGAUUAACAUGAUGAGCACAGCCCCACUCAACUCCACACACACCAUCACAGAUAAUUAUGCCAAAAAGCAGCAGCAGAAGAAAUUCCAGGAGGAGGCAAUCCCAGCAUUGAGGGACAUUCCCAUCAGUGARGUCAACAGGAUGUUCUUCCUCCCUGAAAAAGGGAUCUGCAACAGCAGAUAAUUGUUAAUGAAAUCUGUAUGAAUAAAAAGAUUGAUGAAACUGUUACAGGAGGACAGGUAAAACCUCUCCAAGCUAAAAAAAAAAUAACCCUCCCACCUUUUUUUUUUUCUUCCCCGAAUUUCUAAUUAAAUUUAUGUGGCCACAUUUUAUUAUUAAGCACUUUAACAACCUGCAUUCUCUGAGAGUUAUGCCCCAAUAAUUUAACUUUAGCUGGUCGUUCUUGGGGGUUGAAAACUGUUCUGUUUCUUGCAGCUUUCUGCUUGGAUUUCCCCUCUGAGGGGGAAAAAAAAGCUUUUGGACAGAAUUUAGUUCAAUUUCCCUUUGAAUUUGGGGAAAUAAAAUAUAUUGUGCCAGUCAARCCCUUGAGGAGUUUGUUUUUAUUAUUAAUUGGAAAUGUUUGCAUUGUAAAUACACGGGUUUUGUUUGUAAAUAUCAAUAAAAUAUGGCUGAUUUUUACAUCUUCRCCAUUUUCCUGUGGUUCUGAGAGCUUUCUCCUGGGUUAGGGUGAAUAAUGGUCCAUUUUGCUUCACACAAUCUUUUAUUCAGCAAAAUCUGUUGAUCCCCCACCCCCCAAAAUGAUGAGAUUUACUGAAUUACCAGCAAAACCAGAAAURAGAAUGGUGGGCCGUGAAGAUUUGCUGAAACAAGUCUGGAAAUCCCUUUUUUAAAACCAUUUUUAAGAAUACUGAAAUCUAAGUUCAAGGAAAUAGCAGCAAUUCCAGGAACUGACAGGUCCACGUUGUUACAGGCCAAGGUUAAGCGGUUCAGAUGUUUUUUUAAACAGUGGAUUUUCUUUUAUUUUGCUUUAUUUCCUUUCUUUCAAGAGUCACAAAUUCAGUUACCUGCAGGAGUUGAGGUUAUUUAGGCCUGUAACCAACUUCAGCAGAGAGUUCAGUUAAAAACGUCAUGAUUUUAUUAAAAGAUAAGACAUUUUUGAGAAUUUCUGUGAAGAAUCUCAUGCCAAUUCUUCAGAAAUUUCUGAAAUUARUCAUCACUUGCUCUGGAAAGUUGUAAGACCUGCUGAUAAUCACUUUGGUGUGAAUAUAAAACYUGUAGUUGGUUGGGUUUUCUGCCUGAAUUUGCAAGAAAAAUCUCUGUGCUCAGUGUUUCAGGUAGGAUUAAAACACCGUUUAAAUGAAAGAAAAAACACUUUUCAAUAUUUCCCUCUAAAAUCCUGGAUUUUGGUGUUUUAUCAUUUGAUUUUAUCAGAAUGAGUUUGUGUCUGAGCCUAGUGAGUGUAAAUUAUUGCAGCACUGAUUAGUGUGGUGGCUGUGAGUUAUUAAUGAAGUUUUGGCGUUCAGUUUGCUGGUUUUUCUCACGGUUUUGUCCUUAAUUCAUUUUAAUUUUCAUUUUUAAAAAUAAAAAUGAUUCCCUGCAGUGCGAAUCCAUGUUUUUUAUGAGCAGACAUGCAGAUGGGUUUAACUUUUGUCAUUUUUCUAAUCAUCUUGCUGGUUUUUCUCACUCCUGCUACUUUUUGUCCUUAAUUAAUUUUAAUUUUCAUUUUUAAAAAUAAAAAUG